GAGCCGUCUCAGGACGUUCCACUUCGACUGGAAGUUAUCGCAACCACGGAGGAAUGAAGCCAACAUGAACGCAUCGAUGAACCUUGAAUGUGACGUGAAUCACAUUCAAGUUGCAGACUCAUCAUCUCGAACCGAACUCAGUGGAAGCCUUUAUCCGAAGACUUUUUCAUAAAGACGAAAUGAAAUUCUGACGGGGGUCCAGAGCUACUAGUAGAGUGAUCCGUAUCCGUACUUGGCGCACCCGUAUGGCUAGCUCGUAUGUAUGUAAGUGUCUGGUAUCUACGGCAAUCCUUAGUCCGUUGUGGAAUGCUCUGCGGGUGAACUGCCGUGAAGAUCCCGUCACAAACUGUUGUACCUUGGAAUGCCAGCAGGGAUUGGUCCCCAUAAAAUCAAUUUGCUUCCCUGUCGAUCCAACUUAUAUAGUAUGGUUGAUAUUCCUACAACAUAUGGUGCCCUCUUGAUAGGUGGGCUACUAGCCACAGGUUUCUCUUGACCUCUAGCCUGUCUGGCACCGUGACCGUGCAAUCAUUUUCUUACAUCAGGCUUUAUCCUACCGACCUGCUUAGAAACAGAGCACUCGUGGGCGCUAUUUGGUUAAUGGAUACAGCACAUACUAGUCUAAUAUGGGGUUCUAUAUGGACUUAUCUUAUCACGAACUUUGGCGACACCAGUAAGAUCGAUACGAUCCCAAGGACUGUCGCCAUGAGCAUCGCUCUCACUGCAAUCCUUACUUUUAUCGUACAUUGUUUCUUCGCUCAUAGAAUACACAAAGUGAGCCGUGGAGACUGGCGAAUUACAAUCCCUCUCUCUACAUGUGCUUUCCUGCGUUUGUGUUCCGCGUCCGUGACUACAGGUGAAAUGAUUCACAUGGAAACCUUUUCAAGCUUCAAGCACGAGUUCAGAUGGGUGUUCACUCUGGGACUAGCGUUGUCUUCGCUUGUGGAUGUGCUCAUUGCGGUUUUCCUGUGUCAUUCAUUACGUGGCAGUCGCAAGGCCUCUUCAAAUUCUAGCAUGGACCACGUUAUCAACUCAGUCAUACUUUAUACGUUUGAAAAUGGUUCCAUCACAUGCACUGCAACAAUAGUGUCUAUGGUUUGCUGGUUAGCUAUGCCCAACAACCUCGUAUUCAUGGGCCUUCACUUUGUGAUAGGCAAGCUUUAUGCUAACUCUCUACUUGCAACGCUUAAUGCUCGCAAACAACUGCAACGGGAGCGCUCUCAAAGGGGCUUGUCGGGAGAGCUGCCGAUUGUGAUACCAGGUUUUGCCAACCGGUUCCGGUCGCGCCAAACGUCGACGGAGGCAUUGACUCACCCGAAUCACGUUCGCCGCGAUCUACACCUCCCUCUCUCGAUGACGCUGUCUAGAGGUCCAAAAUCAAGCUGUCAUCAAAUAUUUUCAAGGUCGCUCGCUAAUAUCGCUUUGUAUAUCUCUACUACUAUACUCGUCACAGGUCAAAUGUCGUCGGCUGCCUCUGGGUUUUUCUGGUCAUAUCAUGUUGCAUUGCUAUCGUACUUUAUACGCACCGACCAGAUUUAUAGAAAGGUUGAUGUCAUGGGUCAAGAUGACAGUAUGGAUGCUGGUGUUUUGUUGCGAGUUGCAGCGAGGGUUUUGCCCGUAGUUGAUUGUGCCAUCUCUCUGCUGGACAGAUAG